GUCAGGUCAGGUCAGGUCACCUCUUCUUCCUCACCGUUACACUUCCAUAUAAAUAUACCCUCUUCCCCUCUCUCCCGUCUCUCAUCCUUCAUUUCUCCUUACUUUCUCUUCCUCUUCCUCUCCCCUUCCUCUUCUCUCUCUAUUUCUCUCUUGCUUGGGAGUUAAGUAAAGGAAAUUCUGCAUCCCAAAGAAGCAAUCGGACAAUUAUUUCUUGAUUGAUUUCCUUUUUGUUACCUGGGUUAAAGAUCUUGCUUCAUGUGGGAUUGCUAGAUAAACAGAAAGGGUAGAGAGGAAAUGAGUUGCAAUGGUUGCCGGGUUCUUCGAAAAGGAUGCAGUGAGGCUUGCAUUCUUCGUCCAUGUCUCCAGUGGAUUGAAAGCCCUGAGGCUCAGGGUCAUGCUACCGUUUUUGUAGCCAAGUUUUUUGGCCGUGCCGGACUUAUGUCCUUCAUCUCUAAUGUUCCCGAGAACCAGAGACCUGCUCUUUUCCAGUCUCUGCUGUUCGAGGCAUGUGGGCGAACGGUGAAUCCUGUGAACGGAGCAGUGGGUUUGCUGUGGACGGGAAACUGGCACGUUUGUCAGGCGGCGGUGGAGACAGUCCUACGAGGCGGAACCUUGCGCCCCAUGACGACGGAUGUUCUGACCACCACGAUGAUGCCUGAAUCGGAUGAUGCCUCGGAAGUUGUGGUGCCUUGUACGUAUACGGAGCAGCAGCAGCAACAGCACCAGUAUACGCAGCUACGGGAUCCGUUCCCACUAUCGAGGGUGAUCACCACUUCCACCAAGAGGAAGGGUCUCAAUGACGUGUCGCUACUUCAGUCCGGCGAUCUCGACCUGACGUUGACGGCUGGGUUUCAUAUCAAGAGAGUGGCAGCUGGGCUUGGCGGCAUGUGUCAUGAUCGUUAUCGACAGGAGAAGCGGCGGCCGGCGACUCCGUCCAUGAAUUCUGAGGAGUCUGUGACAACGAGCUUCGACAGUCGAGAUCAUCAGAUUGGAAGCGGCGGAGAAAGGAAACUUCUUAAUUUGUUCGUUUAAAACCUGUAGAAUUCGAUGGUUUAAGGCGGGAGAUGUGCAUAUCUAUGUGAUUUAGUUUUUCACAUGAGCUCUUCUGCUCGCUGUAACCCUUUUUUUCCCCCUUUUCCUGAAAUCUUUUUGGUGUAGACCCGGUUUUUUUGGGAAACCGGCGAGGUUUGGGGGCAAUCUCCGGCACAUGAUUUCUCUUUUUUUAUACUACUUAAGAUUGAAAUUGGUAGAGAGGGGAAAGAUGAAUCUGCCGGUGUUCUUUUCAAUUUCUUUUUUUUUUUUUUCUUUGUUUCAGCUAAUCAUAACUUGUGGCAGCAAUAAGAAUUAAUAGCAUAUUUACUUCUCCAUUGAAA